UAAAUCACUGAGUGAUGAAGAAAACCUGAAGCUGUUUGGGAAAUGCAACAAUCCAAAUGGCCAUGGGCACAACUAUAAAGUUAUAGUCACUGUGCGCGGAGAGAUUGACCCGGUCUCAGGAAUGGUUAUAAACCUGACAGACCUGAAAAAAUAUAUGCAGGAGGCGAUCAUGGAACCUCUUGACCACAAAAACCUGGAUAAGGAUGUGCCAUACUUUGCUGAGGUUGUGAGCACCACAGAGAACGUUGCAGUAUUCAUCUGGGAAAACCUCAAGAAGCUCCUGCCCGUGGGAACUCUUUAUAAAGUCAAAGUGUAUGAAACGGACCAGAACAUUGUUGUUUACAAAGGAGAAGAAACAAUCUCUGAGAAGUGA